AUGUAUUCGUCAAUAGUUGGACGAUAUUCAACAAAACUGUUCGUUUUCUUCAAUUGUCUUUUUAUUACAAUUGGCAGCAUUGUGGUUGCAUUCGGCAUGAAACUACCAACCAAUCUAUUUGGAUAUAAGAGGAUUUUACAAGCAACUACACCACCCAUCUUCCUAACUGCUACUUUCUCAGGAAGUCUUGGUAUAUUAGCUGCUUGCAUCGGAAUAUUAGCAAUAUUGAGUGAAAGAAACAUGAUCAUGUAUCUGCAUCUAUGUACUUUGACCAUUGUAAUAAUUAUGGAAAUAGGCAUAGCAUCGACAUCCUGUUUAAUGAACGAUCAAUUCUUCACUGAAGCUCAUAGUUCGUUAAAUACGAAUGUUAAACAAUAUUGGACAAAUCUUCGUUAUCAAAUAGAAUUUGAUGAUUUACAAACAACAUUCCGUUGUUGUGGGGCUGAUUCAUCCAACGAUUAUCCACAUUUUAAACAACUUCUACCGACUUCAUGUUUGUCUGGAAUAAAGCCAUAUUCACUGGGAUGCAUUGAUGCAUUGAAUGAAUUUGUACAAUAUUACAAAAAUAUUCUGAUCUAUUUAUGCUUCAGUUUUGGAAUAAUUCAUGGUAUCUACUUGAUUCUCUCAUUUGGGAUGGUUUGUAAAUGUAAACAUGGAAAAAUUCGAUCGACACAAACCGCUUGUUGAAAUAAAACGAAGACUACUGAUGAGGAUUGAAUCUCGGCCGAAAUUUCGCACGAAUAACAUUUAAUUAUUGUUGAUAAAACACUAUUACACUUUUAGGUAACACUUGUUUCAUCAAUUUGUAAUUUAUACAUUUUAUUUAUGUAAUAAAUCGCACUAAGAUUACAGAGCUACUUGGUGAAAUUUAAAAACCAUUGUCUAACACUUUGUUUGCAAAAACGUUGAUUAGUUGUUUCAGACUUUAUUGUUCCUGUAUUACCAUACCAUUUACUUUCUUUUCCCGUUCUUGCCUUCUUGAUCUUCUCAAUCUUCUGUUGCCAGACAUUCUCUUUCUGACUCGCGUUAUAUACUACUUAUGUCGUUAUAAGUAGCACACUCCAUAAGACUCGUAUAAUUUGUAGCAUCUUCACCUAUUUAAGCCAGAAAUAUAUUUCACUCUAAUGAUAGAACUACAUUCAUAGGAUGGAUUCACUGAUAACAUUUAAUAGUUUUGUUAGUGAAUAUCAUAAUAUAUGCGGCCUGCUUGAGUAUCUGGGUUACCUGUUCCUGCUAUUUAGAUAUUUCAACAAGUUAUCUAUUUUUGUGUUUUAAAAUAUCAUUAUAUCUGGUAAUCAGUUGAGCUAUUCAGGUGCUUUUAUGAAAAGUUUACAAUCUUUCCCUGUAAAAGUUACAAAAGUGCCUAGUCAGAGACAUCGGGGUUGUUAAGAAUAUGCAGUGAAAAGUAUGUACAUUAUUCAGAUGUCGAUUCCUAAAAUGCUAACCUCUAACUGGCGACCACUCAAUAUGUUAUUGUCCGAAUCGACCAAGAGUUAAGAAAAGUGACAAAGCUUACGUUCUACCAAGAAUAUAAUAUUGAAUUAAGC